AACAUUUCCUUCGCGCCCCCUCGCUCGCCACCCUGCGAAGCAAAGGAGCCGCGCGCGGUGAGGGGCCCGGACCGUCUGGAGAUGCUCAUCCUAAAGCGCCUCCUCGCUUGCAUCCAGCUGCUGUGUGUUUGCCGCCUGGAUUGGGCUCAUGGAUACUACAGACAACAGAGAAAACUUGUUGAAGAGAUUGGCUGGUCCUAUACAGGUGCACUGAAUCAAAAAAAUUGGGGAAAGAAAUAUCCAACAUGUAAUAGUCCAAAACAGUCUCCUAUCAAUAUUGAUGAAGAUCUUACACAAGUAAAUGUGAAUCUUAAGAAACUUAAAUUUCAAGGUUGGGAUAAAACAUCUUUGGAAAACACAUUCAUUCAUAACACUGGGAAAACAGUGGAAAUUAAUCUCACUAAUGACUACCGACUCAGUGGAGGUGUUUCAGAAAUGGUAUUCAAAGCAAGCAAGAUAACUUUUCACUGGGGAAAAUGCAAUAUGUCAUCUGAUGGAUCAGAACAUAGUUUAGAAGGACAAAAAUUUCCACUUGAGAUGCAAAUCUACUGCUUUGAUGCAGACCGAUUUUCAAGCUUUGAAGAAGCAGUUAAAGGAAAAGGGAAGAUAAGAGCUUUAUCCAUUUUAUUUGAGGUUGGAAUCGAAGAAAAUUUGGAUUACAAAGCAAUUAUUGAUGGAGUUGAGAGUGUUAGUCGUUUUGGGAAGCAGGCUGCCUUAGAUCCAUUCAUAUUGCGGAACCUUCUGCCAAACUCAACUGACAAGUAUUACACUUACAAUGGCUCAUUGACAUCUCCUCCCUGCACAGACACCGUUAACUGGAUUGUUUUUAAAGAUACAGUUAGCAUUUCUGAAAGCCAGUUGGCUGUUUUUUGUGAAGUUCUAACAAUGCAACAGUCUGGUUAUGUCAUGUUGAUGGACUACUUACAAAACAAUUUUCGAGAACAACAGUACAAGUUCUCUAGGCAAGUGUUUUCCUCAUACACUGGAAAGGAAGAGAUUCAUGAAGCAGUUUGUAGUUCAGAACCAGAAAAUGUUCAGGCUGACCCAGAGAAUUAUACCAGCCUCCUUGUUACCUGGGAAAGACCUCGAGUAGUUUAUGAUACCAUGAUUGAGAAGUUUGCAGUUCUGUACCAGCAGUUGGAGGGAGAAGACCAAACCAAGCAUGAAUUUUUGACAGAUGGCUAUCAAGAUUUGGAAGAAGACACUAUUGUGAAUCCUGGUAGAGACAGUGCCACAAACCAAAUAAGGAAAAAGGAACCCCCGAUUUCUACCACAACACACUACAAUCGCAUAAGGACUAAAUACAAUGAGGCCAAGACUAACCGAUCUCCAACAAGAGGAAGUGAAUUCUCCGGAAAGAGUGGUGUUCCCAACACCUCUUUAAAUUCCACUUCCCAACCAGUCAGUGAAUCAGCCACAGAGAAAUCUAUUUUCUUGACUUCUCAGACUGUGACUGAACUGCCAUCUCACACCGUGGAAGGUACUUCAGCCUCUCUAAAUGACAGCUCUAAAACUGUUCCUAGAUCUCCACAGAUGAACUUGUCUGGGACUGCAGGAUCUUUAAAUGCAGUUUCUGUAACAGAAUAUCAAGAAGUGUCUACCGAUAUCAGUGAGGAAGAGAGUUUAUUGACCAGUUUCAAGCUUGAUACUGGAGCUGAUGAUUCUUCAGGCUCCAGUCCCGCAACUUCUGCUAUGCCAUCCAUCUCUGAGAACAUAUCCCAAGGGUAUAUAUUUUCUUCGGAAAACCCAGAGGCAAUCACAUAUGAUGCUCUUAUACCAGACUCUACAAGAAAUACUUCAGAAGAUUCACCUUCAUCAGGUUCAGAAGAAUCAUUAAAGGAUCCUUCUGUUGAUGGAAAUGUGUGGUUUCCUGUCUCUACAGAUAUGACAACGCAGCCCGAUGUUGGAUCAGGUAGAGAGAGCUUUCUCCAGACCAAUUACACUGAGAUACAUAUUGAGGAAUCUGAGAAGACAACCGAAUCCUUUUCUCCAGGCCGAGUGGUGUCACAGGGUCCCUCAGUUACAGAUAUGGAAAUGCCACAUUAUUCUACUUUUGCCUACUUCCCGACCGAGGUAACACCUCAUGCUUUUACUCCAUCCUCUGGACAACACAAUUUGGUCCCCACUGUCAACGUGGUACACUUGCAGACAACCCAACCGGUAUACAAUGGUGAGACACCUCUUCAACCUUCCUACAGUAGUGAAGUCUUUCCUCUAGUCACCCCUUUGUUGCUUGACAAUCAGACCCUCAACACUACCCCUGCUGCUUCGAGUAGUGAUUCGGCCUUGCAUGCUACGCCUGUAUUUCCCAGUGUCAAUGUGUCAGUUGAAUCCAUCCUGUCUUCCUAUGAUGAUGCACCUUUGCUUCCAUUUUCCUCUGCUUCCUUCAGUAGUGAAUUGUUUCGCCAUCUGCAUACGGUUUCUCAAAUCCUUCCACAAGUUACUCCAGCUACUGAGAGUGAUAAGGUGUCUUUGCAUGCUUCUCUGCCAGUGGCUGGGGGUGAUUUGCUAUUAGAGCCCAGCCUUGCUCAGUAUUCUGAUGUGGUGUCACAUCAGACCACUACUCAUGCUGCUUCAGAGACAUUGGAAUUUGGUAGUGAAUCUGGUGUCCUUUAUAAAACAUUUAUGUUUUCUCAAGUUGAACCACCCAGCAGUGAUGCCAUGAUGCAUGUACGUUCUUCAGGGCCUGAACCUUCUCAUGCCUUAUCUAAUAAUGAGGGCUCCCAACACAUCUUCACUGUUUCUCACAGUUCUGCAAUACCUGUGCGUGAUUCUGUUGACAUAUCUUAUCAGGGUUCCUUAUUUAGCAGCCCUAGCCACACAUUGAUGCCUAAGUCUUCGUUAAAAACCCCAACUGCAUCAUUACUGCAGCCUACUCAUGCCCUCUCCGGUGAUGGGGAGUGGUCCGGAGCCUCCUCUGAUAGUGAAUUUCUUUUACCUGACACAGAUGGGCUGACAGCCCUUAACAUUUCUUCACCUGUUUCCGUGGCUGAAUUUACAUAUACAACAUCUGUGUUUGGUGAUGAUAAUAAGCUGCUUUCUAAAAGUGAAAUAAUAUAUGGAAAUGAGACUGAAGUACAAAUUUCUUCUUUCGAUGAGAUGGUUUACCAUUCUGAAAGCACGGUCAUGCCCAACAUGUAUGAUAAUGUACAUAAGCUGAAUGCAUCUUUACAAGAAACCUCUGUUUCCAUUUCUAGCACAAAGGGCAUGCUUCCAGGGUCUCGUGCUUAUCCUGACACUAAAGUUUUUGAUCAUGAGAUUAGUCAAGUUCCAGAAAAUAACUUUUCAGUUCAACCUACACAUACUGUAUCUCAAGCAUUUGGUGACACUUCGCUUAGACCUGUGCUUAGUGCAAACUCAGAGCCAGCAUCCUCUGACCCUGCUUCUAGUGAAAUGUUACCUCCUUCAACUCAGCUCUUACUUUAUGAGACCUCAGCUUCCUUUAAUACUGAAGUAUUGCUGCAACCUUCCUAUAAGGCUUCUGUUGUUGAUACCUUGCUUAAAACUGUUCUUCCAGCUGUGUCUAGUGAUCCAGUAUUGGUUGAAACCCCCAAGGUUGAUAAAAUUAGUCCUACAAUAUUGCAUCUCAUGGUAUCAGAUUCUGCUUCAAGUGAAAACAUGCUGCACUCCACAUCUGUACCAGUUUUUGAUGUAUCACCUACUUCUGAUAUGCACUCUGCUUCACUUCAAGGUUUAACCAUUUCUUACACAAGUGAGAAAUAUUUUGAACCAGUUUUGUUUAAAAGCAAAAGUUCCCAGCAAGUGGUACCUUCUUUGUACAGUAAUGAUGAGUUGUACCAAACUGCCAAUUUGGAGAUUAACCAGGCCUAUUCCCCAAAAGGAAGGCAUGCAUUUGCUACUCCUGUUUUAUCAAUUGAUGAACCACUAAAUACAUUAAUAAAUAAGUUUAUAUAUUCUGAUGAAAUUUUCACCUCCACCAAAAGUUCUAUCACUAAUGAGGGAUUUGCUGGUAUUCCAACGGUUGUUUCUGAUGCAUUUGUAGCUAUUGAUCAUUCUGUUCCUUUAGAAAAUGGGUGUGUUUCCAUUACACCUGUUUCUCCCAGCAGUGACAUAACCACAACCAAGUUGCUGUUUCCUUCCAAAGCAACUUCUAAGCUGACUCAUAGUGCCAGAUCUGAUGCCAGUUUAAUGGGUGGUGGUGAAGAUGAUAUUGGUGAUGAUGAUGAUGAUGAUUAUGAUGACAGAAAUAGUGAUGGCUUAUCCAUAAAUAAGUGUAUGUCAUGCUUAUCCUAUAGAGAAUCACAGGAAAAGGUAACAAAUGAUUCAGACACCCAGGAAAACAGUCUUGUGGAUCAGAAUAACCCAAUCUCACAUUCACUCUCUGAGAAUNNNGAAGAAGAAAAUAGAGACACAGGUGUAACCUCAGACAGUCAAACUGGUAUGGACAGAAGUCCUAAUAAAUCGCCACCAACAGAUGGGCUACCCCAAAAGCACAAUGAUGGAAAAGAGGAAAAUGACAUUCAGACUGGUAGUGCUGUGCUUCCUUUCACCCCUGAAGCUAAAGCAUGGGCAGUUCUGACAAGUGAUGAAGAAAGUGGAUCAGGGCAAGGUACCUCAGAUAGCCUUAAUGAUAACGAGACUUCCACAGAUUUCAGUUUUCCAGACACUAAUGAAAGAGAUGCUAAUGGGGUCCUGGAAGCAGGUGACUCAGAAAUAACUCCUGGAUCCUCAAGGUCCCCGACACCAUCUGUUACUAGCAGGCACUCAGAAGUGUUCAACGUUUCAGAGGCAGCUACAGCUUCAAAUGCCUUCUCUGCUUUCAGCAUAUCUGAUAUUUGCUUGCUCUUCUGCAUCCGGAAGUGCUUCCAGACUGCACAUUUUUAUUUAGAGGACAGCACUUCCCCUCGAGUAAUAUCCACACCUCCAACACCUAUCUUUCCAAUUUCAGUUCAGACACUGAAAGAGUUUUACCAGGAAGUGCAGAGCUGUACUGUUGACUUAGGUAUCACAGCAGACAGCUCCAACCACCCAGACAACAAGCACAAGAACCGAUACAUAAAUAUCGUUGCCUAUGAUGUUGGAGCAAUUCCAAUAAAGCACUUUCCAAAGCAUGUUGCAGACUUACAUGCAAGUAAUGGGUUUACUGAAGAAUUUGAGGGCUACAACAGACCAAAAGCUUACAUUGCUGCCCAAGGUCCACUGAAAUCCACAGCCGAAGACUUCUGGAGAAUGAUAUGGGAGCAUAACGUGGAAGUCAUUGUCAUGAUAACGAACCUCGUGGAGAAAGGAAGGAGAAAAUGUGAUCAGUACUGGCCUGCUGAUGGUAGUGAAGAGUAUGGGAACUUUCUGGUCACUCAGAAGAGCGUUCAAGUGCUUGCCUAUUAUACUGUGAGGAAUUUUACUCUGAGAAACACGAAGAUAAAAAAGGGCUCCCAGAAAGGAAGACCCAGUGGGCGUGUGGUCACCCAGUAUCACUACACUCAGUGGCCUGACAUGGGGGUACCAGAGUACUCACUGCCCGUGCUGACCUUCGUGAGAAAGGCAGCCCAUGCCAAGCGCCAUGCAGUGGGGCCUGUUGUCGUCCACUGCAGUGCUGGAGUUGGAAGAACAGGCACGUAUAUUGUGCUAGACAGUAUGUUGCAGCAAAUUCAACACGAAGGAACUGUCAACGUAUUUGGCUUCUUAAAACACAUUCGCUCACAAAGAAAUUAUUUGGUACAAACUGAGGGCUACAACAGACCAAAAGCUUACAUUGCUGCCCAAGGUCCACUGAAAUCCACAGCCGAAGACUUCUGGAGAAUGAUAUGGGAGCAUAACGUGGAAGUCAUUGUCAUGAUAACGAACCUCGCAGAAGAUGAGUUUGUUUACUGGCCAAAUAAAGAUGAACCUAUAAAUUGUGAGAGCUUUAAGGUCACUCUUAUGGCUGAAGAACACAAAUGUCUUUCUAAUGAGGAAAAGCUUAUAAUUCAAGACUUUAUCUUAGAAGCAACACAGGAUGAUUAUGUACUUGAAGUGAGGCAUUUUCAGUGCCCCAAAUGGCCAAAUCCAGAUAGCCCCAUUAGUAAAACUUUUGAACUUAUAAGUAUUAUCAAAGAAGAAGCUGCCAACAGGGAUGGACCCAUGAUUGUUCAUGAUGAGCAUGGAGGAGUGACCGCAGGAACUUUCUGUGCUCUGACAACCCUUAUGCACCAACUGGAAAAAGAAAAUUCCAUGGAUGUUUACCAGGUAGCCAAGAUGAUCAAUUUGAUGAGGCCAGGAGUCUUUGCUGACAUUGUAAGUAAUAAAGCAGUGAACCAAAAUUUUCACUAUUAG